AUGCCCCGCGCACGCCGCUCCUGCGCGCGGACAGCCGAGCACGUGGACGGGAGCUACCUGACCGUGCUGUUCCAGAACGACGUGGACGGCUUCGAGCUGAAGACGAGGAGCGGCGGCGACUGGGUGAGGGUGCGCCCUGCAGGCCCCGACUCCCUACUCGUCAUCGCCGGCCAGCCACUGGUGGCUUGGAGCAACGGGAGGGUGCACGCGCCGUUGCACAGGGUGGCCGUCGGCGGGCGUGAGGACCGGCUGUCCUGCGGCGUGUUCCUGCUGCCGAGCAAGGACCUCGUCGUCGUCGACGCGCCACCGGAGCUGGUCACCGCGGACGCACCGCGCCGGUUCAGGCCGUUCGCUUACAUGGACUACCUCAGGUUCAAGCACGCCGCCGGCAACGGCGAGGACGUGCUCGACCGCUUCGCCGGGAUGUAA